CUUUAUUAGCUUCCUCACCUCCGACCGCUCCAGUUACACAUCCACACCGCGAAAACAUAUUCCCCAAAAGGAAAGCAAAUGGCGAGGUCCGGUGCUUCUCCUCGGUGCUUGCUCUUAUCUUUUGCAGCCUUUUUGCUGGCGUCCGACUGCGAGCGGGUGAAAGGAGCCGGCGGCGUCUUCAUGCUCAUCGAAGGAGGGAGAUACACCUUCAACGCCACGGCGGCCGCGGCCGCCUGUCGAAGUCUGAACGUCACCAUGGCGACCCGAGCCCAGAUGGAGCGGGCGCUGCAGCGCGGACUGGAGACGUGCAAAUUUGGCUGGAUAGCUGAAACGAUCGCAGUCGUCCCGCGACGUACAGCUGACGACAAAUGUGGAAAGGGCAAAACUGGAGUGGUGACGUGGUUCGCAAGAGCAGAUCAAAAGUUUGGUGUCUUCUGCUUCAAUGCAUCAGAUUUAGAGGGAACACCAAACGGAUCCACAUCCGGUCCACACGGCUCCACUCAGCCCAGCACACCGACGGCUCCGACCCAGACCUCAAGACCUGCAACGACACCGCUCAGACCAGCAUCCGGGUCUCCACCUUCAAUGAAGCCAGUAACAACAAGAGCUCCCGAGGAGACAUCUUUCACUUCCGCUCUCCUGAUCCAGACGAGCCAUUCGACGAGUGUCUCCUCCUCCUCCUCCUCCCCCACUCUAAAGCCUUUCUCCACUCAUAUUCUGACCUCUCUUUCUCCUCUCAUCACCUCGAAACCCACCGUCGUCAGUUUGGUCUUUUCUACUUCUGCCUCCACUUUCUCUCUUUCCUCUGAGUCGGGGACGACGGGCGCCACAAAACCUCCACUGGGAAAUGUUCCCACGGCUCUCAUCCUUCUCGGCGUCAUCGCUCUGCUCCUGGCGGCGGCGGGCGGCGUCUGGUGCUACAAGCUGGAUGUUUUGGCCUUCAGGUCUCGGGCGCCGCAGAAGGACGACGUGGAGACGGAGAUGUGGAAGCACACCGACAGCGAGGUGGACCUGCAGAGUCGACACGAAGGGGAAGAGGAAGAGGACGAAGACGAGGCAGACAGGAAGUACUCCAGCGACGUCACUCUGUGUGUGAAUCCAGACUUCAAAACAAACCCCUCACAGUAGCUUUACGAUAGUGUUGUUCAAUGUAAUUGUAAAUAUGAACAUUUUAUGGCAUUUUUUUACUCCAAAUCGUAUUGUUACUGGUUGAAAAGCAUCAAUUAUUCAGUGCGUAUGAUUUACCUUAAACGUGUAUAUAGUUCCUACUUUUAGUGGUGGAAGUACAUACAGUAGUACGCUAUGCAAGUACAACUCUGAGGUACUUGUACUUAACUUGAGUAAUUCCAUUUCAUUUUGUUAUACUUUAUACCGUAAUAUUAAGCUUUGCACAUCACUGCAUUUAUUUUUAUAAAUAUACUUCCUCGUUCGUUUACAGCUUCAGAUCUUAAACACAGAAUAUUAAUCAACAUAUAAAAUGUAAUAUGAUAGAUUAAACCAAACAGCUUUGACAUUUAAUUGAUGAGCACGUUAAUAAAUCAAUAACUAUAAUUCAGUAUCUGUAUUAUUCUGAAAUGGGACAUUCUGCACAA